CGGCGCCCGGCCGCCCCGGCUCAGGCUCGAGUCCGCGCUUCCAGGUUCAGUUUCAGGGUCUCGCCGGCAGCCCCGGCCGGCAGGCGCGGAGCGGGCAGCGCGGCCCGGACCGCGGCGUCCUCUGGGGGCCCCGGAGUUGGGAGGCGGCGUCCGGGAGCCCCGGGAGGAGGAUGGGCUGCGGACGCAGCAGGCUGAGCUGCUGCAAACGCCCCAAAAAGAGGCGCCAAGAACCAGAUCAGCCACCCAGACCAGAGCCCCAGGAACUAGGUCCCCUCAAUGGGGACACAGCCGUAACUGUCCAGCUCUGCGUGUCUGAGGACGCCGAGCAGCACCAGAAGAACAUAGCCAGAAUUCUCCAGCAACAUGAAGAGGAGAAGAAGAAAUGGGCACAGCAGGUGGAGAAGGAGAGGGGGCUAGAGCUUCAAGAGAGACUGGACGAGCAGCGAAGGGUUCUGGAAGGAAAACACGAGGAGGCCCUGCAAGUCCUCCGGGCCUCAUAUGAACAGGAGAAAGAAGCCCUUACCCAGUCCUUCCAGGAGGCCAAAGCUGCCCUGCAGGAGACCAUAACCAGACUGACCUCACAGCUGGAGACCUUCCAGGCCAAGAUGAAGAGGGUGGAGGAGUCCAUUCUGAGCCGAGACUACAAGAAGCACAUCCAGGAUUAUGGGAGCCCCAGCCAGUUCUGGGAGCAGGAGCUGGAGAGCUUGCACUUUGUCAUCGAGAUGAAGAACGAGCAUCUUCAUGAGCUGGACAAGCGGCUAAUGCUCAUGGAAAUGGUGAAAGAAAAAAAUCUGAUGUUGGAGGAAAAAAUCACAACCCUGCAGCAGGAGAAUGAGGACCUCCAUGUGCGAAGCCGGAACCAGGGCGUCCUGUCAAGACAGCUCUCGGAAGACCUGCUCCUCGCCCGCGAGGCCCUGGAGAAGGAGGCCCAGUUACGGCGACAGCUCCAGCAGGAGAAGGAGGAGCUGCUGUACCGAGUCCUGGGGGCCAACGCCUCGCCCGCCUUCCCCCUGGCCCCUGUCACUCCCACCGAGGUCUCCUUCCUCGCCACAUAGGGGCAGGGCCUGGGCCUGCAGUGACGCCUGUGGUCACCGUGGCCCCUCCAAGGACUUUCCAGAGAAGACA